AACAAGUCUCCCUUAUCUAUUAGCCAAGUCUUCAAUAUCUUAAUACAUUAGGGUAAGGCCAACUCUUAUGAUAGCGCCCAUUUAGUUACAUGCUAUUAACAAAGUCUAUUAAUCAUUCAAACACACACUGUCAAACACCGCCGCCUGGCGGGUGUGACACAUAAUGGCCUGUCCAUCUAUGGGGUUCACUUCUGUAUUCGCCUUGGCCGCUGGAAAAUUCAACAGACCACGACUACCGACCAGAUGGUGAAUGCCUCAAUGGCAUCAGCGGUAAAUGCUCAGAAUACUGAUCCCCACGAGAACACAAACAAACAUAUAUUGAAUGGCAAUGGCUGCCGUACAAGUUUGCAAUAUGCCCAAUAGCAUGUAAUAAUGAAGAUGGAUUUGUUUGCUUUCUCAUAAAUGGGUUCACCGGUCAUUUGUAUCUUAUGACUCUUCUUACCCAGUCCACUCCAGCUAUAUAAAUCUACACGCAGUUUCUCCAAAUACACUAUUCCAUCCCAAGAUAUUAUCUCGUUAGCUCAACUUCGGUCUUCGUUUUGUGACGCUCCCCGCUAUCCCUCCGAAUACACCCAUCAUUUCCCCAUUGAUAACAAAGAAUCGGCAAUGUUUCGCACUACCCUCCUGCACCGCUGGCACAAGAUGCUCGGCUUGCCACGCCAAUCGCCGCGCUCGUGGCAUCUUGACCGAUAUAAUGAGGAGCGCAUAGAGCUUGAAGCCGCAAGAACCCGGUUGGAAAAGCUCAGUGAGGCUUCGGACGUCUUUUUCGCCAUCAGCCGCGCUAGAUAUGACGGGUUUCCCAUCGCUGACUUGCCGCCCGUCCAUGGACGCCACAUCACCAUUUAUGGUUAUAUGAUCGCCAAGUACACCUCGCGCUGGGCGUUUUACCGCAUGCUUGCCUUUCUCUGUAAAGCACCCUCUCACUCCGCAGUGCGUGAGGUAGUGAACCCAAGCAAAGACGAGAAGCUCGCGGUAGUAGCCCGCCGUCAUGAUAUCGACCCCGCUAAAUUCACCUCGUUUGGUCGUCAACUACGACGAGCCUGGCCAUUACUACCGUGAAUUAAGAAUCAUCAAAUUCAACGACAAGCUGUGACGCUGGUAUCACCACUACCCGUCUAGCUGGGGACUUGAUUGUCAUCAUCUGCGCAUAGCAGUCUGCCUAUGCAUCAUUCGAACCCGUCACUAGGGCAUGGACGUAUACACCCACAUUCUCUAGUUGAAAGCUUUUGCUGGGCGAACUAUUAGAGACAAAACACAUAAGAAGAACCAGGCUGGAGGGGGCUGUCAAUCAUUUCGAGUCGUUACUCCACAUUGUCUUCCCGAGUGUCUGAAAACAACAAAUUAACAUCCAUGCCCAUUACAAAUUUGAACAGCGCAUGUGCUUAAGGCUUUGGCAAAGGGGAGAGAAGGGCUCACAAGAGCAUGCCCGUAGUAUCAUGUAAAGCAGAUACCCAAAAUUAGUGGAUGCUUCGUUGAA